UCACGCCGCCGACGCUCGCUCGCAGGGAGAGCCCCGUCUUCUCGGGCGGCGCGCCCGGCGCACGGACUCCGCGGACCGGGUAACAUGGCAAAAGAUGCCGGCCUGAUUGAAGCCAACGGGGAACUCAAAGUCUUCAUCGACCAGAACCUCAGUCCCGGGAAAGGUGUGGUGUCCCUGGUGGCCGUGCACCCCUCGUCCGUGAACGCGCUGGGGAAGCAGCUCCUGCCCAAGACGUUCGGACACCCCAACGUCAACAUCGCGCAGCAAGUGGUGAUUGGCACGCCCCAGAGGCCCACGGCGCCUGAUACACUCGUGGUAGGAAGCCCACACACCCCCAACACCCACUUCGUGUCCCAGAACCAGCCUGCAGACCCCUCGCCGUGGUCAGCUGGGAAGCGCAACCGGAAGGGCGAGAAGAACGGGAAAGGCCUGCGGCACUUCUCCAUGAAGGUCUGUGAGAAGGUGCAGCGCAAGGGCACCACCUCUUAUAACGAGGUGGCUGACGAGCUGGUGGCUGAGUUCAGCGCCGCCGACAGCCACAUCCUGCCCAACGAGUCGGCCUACGACCAGAAGAAUAUCCGCCGGCGGGUCUACGACGCCCUCAACGUGCUCAUGGCCAUGAACAUCAUCUCCAAGGAGAAGAAGGAGAUCAAGUGGAUCGGCCUGCCCACCAACUCUGCGCAGGAGUGCCAGAACCUGGAGGUAGAGAGGCAGAGGAGGCUCGAGAGGAUAAAACAGAAGCAGUCUCAACUCCAAGAGCUUAUUCUUCAGCAAAUCGCCUUCAAGAACCUGGUGCAGAGGAACCGGCAGACGGAGCAGCAGGCCAGCCGGCCGCCGCCGCCCAACUCCGUCAUCCACCUGCCUUUCAUCAUCGUCAACACGAGCAAGAAGACGGUCAUCGACUGCAGCAUCUCCAACGACAAGUUCGAGUACCUGUUCAACUUUGACAACACCUUCGAGAUCCACGACGACAUCGAGGUGCUGAAGCGCAUGGGCAUGGCCUGCGGGCUGGAGUCCGGCAGCUGCUCCGCCGAGGACCUGAAGACCGCCCGGAGCCUGGUGCCCAAGGCGCUGGAGCCCUACGUGACCGAGAUGGCUCAGGGGCCUGUCGGCAGCGUGUUCCUCCCCUCGUCGGCGUCCACGGCUAAUGGAACGAGGCUCUCGGCCAGCGACCUGACCAACGGCGUGGACGGGAUGCUGGCCACUAGCUCCAGCGGCUCCCAGUACAGCGGGUCCCGGGUGGAAACCCCCGUGUCCUAUGUAGGGGAGGACGAGGAGGACGAGGAGGACUUCAACGAGAAUGAUGAAGAGGACUGAGCCCGUUUCCGGGGAGCACCUCAGGGGGGCCUGUCUCCGGGGAAGCACCUCAGGAAGGCGUUGAGCUGCGCGAGGGUCGGCGCAGCCCGGACACCUGUGGACGCCAGCCGCCGGCAGGCCCGUAGUUGCUCUGUAGGGUUCUGUGUGUUCAUCCGCUAUUUUUUAAGAAUUUCAGUUCGUUUUUGCCCUUCCUCAAUUCUUGCUGAGUUUGCUGAAGAAGCUGGACUCCUCUGGGCCCCGGACCCAGCCGGCGCAAGUCUGGCCGGGCGCCCACUGGCAGGCCUGGCCCUCCCGCGGCGGCAGGGAGCCGGGAGCCGGCAGAGCCUGCUCUCACAGCGCUGAGCAGCAUAAAUUUUAUUAUGGCUGCUCCCCUAAACCACGGACCACAUGAUUCCAUCAGCUUUACGCUUUCUCAGCGCUCGCAGCGCCCGGCCGCGUCGUCCGUCUGUCUCUGGUUUGGUGGAGUUGGCCGCGGCGGCCGCAGCUGCAGACCGUCUGGAACGCUUGGAAUGGUUGUUGCUUUUGGUAAAAUUUGCCUGAUUUCUUACAGGCAGCAUUUGGAAACUUUUUAUUAUAUAGUUGUUUACAUAUAAGCCUAUCAUUUAAAGACACAUACGGAAACAAGCGUCUUUGUUUCGUAAGCAUCUUCCUGUAAUCUAUUAUAAAGUUGAAAUUAAAUAUAGAGAAUGUUUUAACAGUUUUUUAACUCAAAAUUUGUCAAUCAUUUUUAAUAGUUCUUUUUUUACAAAAAGAAGAGGAAUUUCUGGACCGGCGGUGGCCUCUCUCCCGGAAUCGGCCGCAGCAGCCGUGGCCGCUCCGCUGCCUGCUCCGAAGAAGUCUUUUUAUUGAAACACAAAUAAACUUUUCUGUAAUAUUUUAUGGAAUAUAAAGAGACUUUAAUUGUUUGACUUGUUUAACUUGGCACUGUUAGUUUUUAUUAAUAAAACGCGCAU